AUGAACCUCUCUGAGGCCCGGCAGAUCAAGCUUGAGAAGUUCACCGCGUUGAUCGGGCACGAGAGAGUGGCUCUUACAAUCGUGCAAGGCCCGGACGCACUCCGUGCACGUCUUGAGGCCUUGUCGAACUUUGAGUCCACGUUAAUCGGACAGGUUCAUGACCAUUUGUAA